CCGUUGGAUGUCAUGGAGAUUCUACGAAAAUAUCUUACUUCUGGCUCAGAAUCUGAUGAAUCUUCUGGUGCUGAUAUAGUUGACAAACUUGUUGACCGUUUCCAAUCCGCUACACGUAUCGAGGAUCGGCGGGAUUCCCUUCGCACCUUGAGAGCACUUUCAAAAAAAUAUCGUCUCGAGGUUGGGACUCACGCUAUGCCGGUUUUUAUUGAAACCUUAAAGAAUGAUCGUGAGGAUACCGAAUCUGUGUGCUAUUCCCUAGAAGCUCUCUACUCAAUUGUUAAUGAUCACGAUAGCGAAGAAGGUAGUGCAUACGAACUUCACAUUCGUCGAAAUGCCUUACGUUUGCUUACAGUCUUGUUGAUGAAUCAACCGAAAGACACUCAAAAUGUGAUUCUUCAGUGUCCAAGAGCAAUCUCCAAAUUGGUCGACUUAUUGUCAGAUCCACGUGAAGCACUUCGCAAUGACGCUUUAUUGUUACUCCUGGAACUAACCAAAGGUCAUACAACCAUCCAAAAGAUAGUGGCUUUCGAAAACAUAUUUGAGCGAUUGUUAAGUAUUGUCCAGUCCGAGGGUUUGACUGAUGGGGGCGUGGUCGUGGAAGAUUGCCUUCGUCUGGUCUGCCAGCUGUUGGAUGCGAAUCAGCAAAAUCAGAUCUUGUUCAAAGAGACCAACGCGAUCAAACGUCUACUGCCUCUGUUGGAUCUGCGACUCAACGACACGUCAAUUCAAUUGAACUGGUCUGCACAAAAGGUUGUCAAUGUGCAACUCACCAUGCAGAUAUUGCGAAUCCUUGUAUCGCCACGGAAUAAAAAUCAAGUUACUCGCGUCUGUCAAACCGCAAUUCACGACUGUGGUCUGUUGGCCACAUUGUGUGGGAUUAUCAUGGCCAACGGAGUCCCGGCCGAUGUGCUCACCAAGGCCAUCUAUGCGGUAGCCGAUAUCAUUCGCGGUUGUCCGACAAAUCAGCAAUUCUUGGCCCAUGUGAUCGCUCCAUCCGAGCCGCCACAACCGGCUGUCACUGUGCUUCUCGUAUCCAUGGUCAAUGAUCGACAAGCAUUGGCUGUUCGUGCGGCUGCACUGUACUGUUUUCAGUGCUAUGUCUGUGGCAAUCCGGACAUUCAGUCUUCUGUGAUCAUGACUUUGUUGCCCAAAUCUCAUUCUGGUUUGAUAAGAACUGGCAAGAGCGCCGCUGCUAUCGGUGGUGAUGGUGGUGGUGGUGUGUGUGUGUGUGUGUGUGUGUGUGUGUGUGUGUGUGUGUGUGUGUGUGUGACGCAGUUCGAUGACCUGAGGCAACGUAAAAAUUUGAUCAAAACACAAACGACCAGGCCGCAAUCCGGCUUUGGACUCUUAAAGGAGUCAGACCGCGAAGUAUGA